AUGGCAGAACGUAAAGACAGUAGUGAGUCAAAAAUCUCGGAAACAAAAUUUCACAACUGGAUAAAAUCUGGCCUAGCUCUCAUGCACACAAGAAAUGGAAUUCAACCGUUUGUAAUUGAUGAAAUCACUGCUUUCCAACAGACAAUGUACAGCGGCAUUUUGACAUUAUUAGGUAUAGACACAGACUCCAAAUGUUCAGCAUGUACUACAAACGCUAUCAUCUGUGAUAAGGUAUUCGAAAAGUGCAGGCGUAGAUCGUGCACCUCGUUUCAUAGAGAAUGUCCAGAAAGAGGACUAUGUACGAAAGUGAAGGAGAAAAUAAUCAAAGCACACAGAUAUCAUGGAACCUCAUGGAUGAAUACUGACGCUAAGCUAUGGUGCAGUGAUCCUUGGCAAAUUGCCAAGUGCUACAUGCCGAGGGAAGGAUAUAGCACACAGAUGUCAGCAGAUGAAACCGACUUUAAUGGAAUUGUUAACAUCAUAUUGAAUAACGAAAACUUCGCGCAGAAACUUUCUGCAAAGCUUACAGAUAGUGAAAAUAUAUUCCGUAAGCCAUUGAAUAUGAUGUAUGUAAAUGGAAAGUCUUAG